AUGUAUACGAUAACUACACCAAUUUCUACUUCAACCAAGACAUUAAAAGAAGAAGAUGCAAGCAUCUUGGAAGAGCUGAGUCGAAAAUAUAGCACAGAACAACUUAUUGAGUAUUUGAAGGGACGAAAACAAGUCAAAGAAACAAAUGAAAUAAUCAUUAAACAGAAAUUACUUAAGACGCGUAACUUAGAGUUUUCAAAUUUGAUCGAAAAAAUUCGAAAUUGGCAAGUUCCUUAUGCAAUAUACUUCGUGAUCUUCCCCCCAGAGGAUUGGUCAUAUGAUCACUACGCUGGUUGGAUAGAUAAAAAUAUGAACAAGGCAACGAUAAACGGUAUAUUUUACAGAACGUUAGAAACCAUGAAAAAUGAUCAAAAUAUUUCGCAGGGAAUUCAUAAUGUUAUUCAAGGACUUUUGAAAAGUAAAAAAUCUGAUGUAAAAAAAUCGGUUGAAGGAAAACGAAAAAAUAUAGAUUAUACGGAUUCCAGAGCCAUUAAGAAAGUGAAGAAAGAAUUUGAAAAAUCGGAUACUAUUCUUAAGGAACUUAAAGAUACAAAUGCCAGAGUCACGAAGAAUGUAACCGCUUCAACUGAAAAAUCGAAUACUAAUCUUAAAGUACUCGAAGAAACUCUUCUAAAAUUUUUUAAGUCACGAUCAAAUUUCUCAUUAUCAUCUGCAUCUGAGGCAGUGUUGCAAGCCGUUGCUGAAUUAUUAUUGCAAGAAAAUCAAAUUCCGGAAUUGCCGGAAUUGU